AAGGUUGAUUUAAGGAAUUUAAGCCCUGACCCCUUUUUUUUCGUCAGGAACGAGCGCCGUUACGUCGGAAGAGCAGCACGAGCCGGUAUCGCAGCGACUUUAUUUGACAGAAACCCCAAUAUUAAAUCCGCUCGAUAUAGAUAAUAAUAACGCGAGAGUUUGCAAGUUGCCUCAAGACUGUAGUUGCAACUGUCAAAGGUGGAGUGGAUACGCGCAUGACCCAACACACAUUACUGUAAUACUGUACACGGCCGCCGAGAUAAUAUCCAAAACCGAAAUAAUCCCGAGGUAAGGAACCGAGGAGUGUACCAAAACCGACCGAGGUUUGGCGUUUCUGCUGAUUUUCCUUCGCUUCGUUUUCUUUUACUCUAACCAACUGUCUCGCAGUCGUCGAAAUUAAUGCACUAAACAUAUUUUUGUGCCUCCCUUUAGCUCCAGCCAGCGCAAGGAUUUUUUUUUUUACUCCUCCUUCGUAAUAAAGUCGCCAUUUUGCUUCACUGCCUAUAUAAACCAUCCCGUAUUCUAAUAUUUUUCCUCAAGGAGUCGGGGACCUACCUAUCUUUCGUGGCUAUUUCUAAUAUUUCUGGAGUGUUUAACGAGAAGACAGAGGUUGGAGAAGUGCCUCGUGGUAUACAUAUUAAUGCAGGAAAGGAGGGGGGGGGCAAGGCAAUUGGAAACUGGGAAUAAGGUGAAAGUAUCCAGGAUUUCUUUUCAUGUACAGGCGAGAUUGUAAUUUCUCUUCUCCUGCCCGUGCUCUUUUUUUCUUCUUCCACCUCGUCGUCGUCUGCAGAGCUGGGGGACAGGACGACGGUGACGACUGUCCGCUUCCUUUCAGGCCCCCCAACCCCGGUCUGACCGGUCCUUGACGCACAGCAGGUGUGAUUGCCAUGUAACAUAACAUUGGUGGAAAAACGCCCACUUAAGGUGCCUGUCUCCUGACCCCCCCUCCUCCCUCACGUGGGUGACCCGGGGCCACCCGGCCCCUAGUGCUGGGUGACUGCCCGACAGUUCAGGCAUGGAGAGCCCAAGUGGCCCCAGGCUUGGGAAGCUGUCCUCAUCAGGGCUGCCAAGGGGCCGGACCUCCAAGCAUGGACAUCCCCACGAGCCUGUUAGAACCACGGCAGGCCCUGAAAACAACAACAAACAUAGUCCUGUGUGUGAUGAGCCAGCAGAGGGGAAGAGGAAAGGUCGUCCUAAAGCAGAGGUGCAGGAACUGAGAAGCAUCCCUGCCCAUAUGAUAGUACAAUGGAAGGAAGAGUUUAAGCGCCGCUCCAGGGUUAAGUGUCCGUGUUCAGGCUGCUGGUUAGAGUUUCCCAGCAUCUAUGGCGUCAAGUACCACUAUCAACGCUGCCAGGGGGCCACUGUAACCGAGAAGCUGAGUCAUGGCUGUCCCUACUGUGAGGCAGCAUUUGCCACAAAGGUGCGUCUGCAGAAGCACAAGCUCUGGAACCACCCAGACAGAGUUAGUAUGGAGCCCAAGGACGAGCAAGCUAAGCUUCAAAAGACCCCUGUCAAGUCCAACACCAAGAAAAGGCCCAUGGAGAACAGUCCCCCCUCUCCGGUGUUCUUCAAAGUGAAAAAGACCCACGAGGUGUCGACGCCCUCUCAGAACGGAGAGCUGGCCCACCAAAAGAGUGAGAGGAAACAGCACAACCACAGCCAGCCUUCACAGCAGAUUCACCAAUCCCUGCCAGUCCAGCCUCAGUCCCAGCAGUCGCAGUCACAAAGCACGUCGUCUGACGCAGGGGGCAGUGAAAGCGAGGGGGGCAGCCUUCCACCUUCUUUCCCUGACGAAGACCCGGAGCGAAUGAGACACAGACGGAAGCAGAAAACGCCCAAGAAAUUCACUGGAGAGCAGCCUUCUAUCUCUGGAACAUUUGGAUUGAAAGGUAUGACUAAGGUGGAGGAGAAGCUGAAGGCAGGCCGUGCCAAGAGAUCGGAGGGGAGUGGGUUCACUGAGGAGCCUCAGAGAAGACCUUCUUCAAGUCAGACCUCCAAGAAAGACCCAGCCACGACCAGCUCUGGUGCUGUUCCUGACACCCAAUGGCAGCGAGCAAUCUCAGAGCGAGGUGAAGUGGUGUGUCCCACCUGCUCCAUCGUCACCAGGAAAACAAUCCAUGGCCUAAAGAAACACAUGGAGAUUUGCCAGAAGCUCCAGGAUGCCCUGAAGUGCCAGCAGUGCCACAAACAGUUCAGGUCCAAGGCUGGCCUCAACUACCACACCAUGGCUGAACACAGCACCAAGCCCUCGGGGAGUGAAGGCCAGACGGGGGACGAGCAUGAGGAGAGAGAGAGGCUGCGCAGAGUGCUUAAACAGAUGGGACGAAUCAAGUGUCCUAGUGAGCACUGUGGGAAAACCUACCGCUCCAAGGCUGGCAGAGACUACCAUGUACGCACUGAACACUCCCCGAGCAUCACCACCACCAUGACAGCCACCACCACCACCAACAACAACAACAAGGACAAUAUCACUGACACCAACAACAACACUGGCAAAGAGAGGGUGGUCUCAGAGGAGUCUCCAUCAGGUGGCAAAAGGGAGCAAAGCCAGCCUGAGAAGAAGGACUGGCAAGAGAAAGCACCAUCCAGCCAGCCUAUGGAGAAGGAAAGAGAAGCCAGGGAGAAGGACAGGGAAAAAGAAAAGGACAGGGAGCGAGUCAAAGAAAAAGCAGUACAAAACGAGGUGGAGGUGGACUUUGAACGGACCCCCAGCGGUAGAGUGAGGCGCCGGUCAGCUCAGGUGGCAGUGUUCCACCUGCAGGAGAUAGCGGAGGAUGAGCUGGCCAAAGACUGGGGAACCAAACGCCGCAUCAAGGAUGACUUGGUGCCUGACAGCAAGAGGUUAAACUACACUCGUCCUGGCCUCCCCAACUUCAGCCCAGAGUUACUAGAAACCUGGAAGAACCAGGUCAAGGAGAAGGGCUUCAUCUGCUGCACCAAUGAAAACUGUGAAGCUGUCUAUUCUAGUGUGUCUGGACUAAAAGCUCACCUUGCCAACUGCAGCCAGGGUGGUGGAGAACUGGGGAAGUACACCUGUCUGAUCUGUCAGAAGGAGUUUAGCUCAGAGAGCGGUGUCAAGUACCACAUCAGCAAGACACACUCACAGAACUGGUUCCGUGCAGCAGCCAGUCAAGUGGUCUCCAGUAGCAAGACUAAAGUGCCAGAGGACAAUGGGAUUAAAGCUGAGGUGAGGAACGGUGCCACCACUGGCAAGAAAAGGGGCCGCAAGCCCAAAGACCGCCCCCCUGUGGUUGCCCCUCUCCAAACAAAAACUGAAGCACCUACCACUCCUCAAAACUCAACCCCUGCUGUGACCCCUUUCUCUGGCCCAACACAGUCUCCCACCCAGAUCCCCGACCCUACGGACAGUGCUCAUUCAGGCCAAAACAGACAGCCCAAGGCCGCCAGAAGAAACAAACCCAAGAGGCUGUCAUUGUCAGAGUAGCUCUGCUUUUGUCGACCCAGGAGCCAGAGUGGACGCUUACUGUAAAUGUUAUGCCAGGAAGCUAACAGACCUUUCUAACUCCACAAGGACUUGGCACUGAGAAGAAAGAUGAAUCAACCAUUAGGAAGAAAAACAUUUAGUACAGACUUCAGAUCUUGGUUUUGAAACCCCACAGUUAAUGUGUCUACUGUUAUACACAGUACUCAUGUACCAGUAGUGUUUUAUUUCUCCAUUCCACUUUUGUCUCCUUUUUAAAGCCCACCUUUCAGUUUCUGUACUCACAGCAGGGGUGUCAGUAGUAAUCAAAUCCUGAAUUCUACGUGAAUAGCAUUUUCUAAACAGAAAUAGUAUUCCUAACAAAUGGAGUGUACUUCUCUCUACAAGAUUCAUGUUGUGUUUGAGAGGUUUUAAAAAGGAUAUUCUAUUAGCAUGGUGAAGUCAUUUAAUUAUAGAUAGUGUUUUCACAUUUUUUUCACAGAUAUACUGUACUGUGUACAUAAACAAUAUCUAUAUCUAUAUAUCUAUAUACUCAAAGCAAUGAUGCCAUCUGUCAUUACAAAGCCUAACACGUCCAAUUGGAUCAUGAGCAAUCAGAAUUUUUGCAGUGUGUGCUGUAGUGCAAUGUUGUUUUGAACUUGACUUUUUUUUUUCCUGAUUUGACUUUUAUUGUUUUUUACUUUUUAUGUUUUAAGUAAGCAAAUGUCAUAUAAGCUAAAAUGUCGGUCAGUUGUUAAUCAUAUUCCAGUCUGUUUUUCCUACAGCUAUGUGGCUAUCAUUUCAGUGACAUUUAUCUUUAGUUUACCUGCAUCACAUAAUGAUGGAAGGUAUCUGCUUUGAGAACCAUCAUUAAGUGUCAAAAGACUAUUUCCACAGUUCUUUUACACUGAAGUUAAUAAGCAGAAUACCCAAAAAGUGAUUAACGUUUGAAUAUACGUUAAUCACAAUAAUACUUAAUAUGGCAUUGUUUAAUGAAUUUUAAACAAAAAAAAACUUGAAGUAUUCUGACUAAAAUAGGACUGGCAAAGCUAAAUGUUUGACAGAAGGAUGAAUUAUGUGUGAAGCUUGUUGCACCAUUGCAGCACAAUCAAAUGAGGUAACAUCAUUUUAAAAAGAGGCCAUAUUUUGGCUACUGCUUUAGCUUGAAUCAAAGAGCUGAGAAGAGAAUGCUAUCUUUUAUAGAGAGGCUGAAGAAAAUAAUCUUUUAUUAAACAGAAAAAUUGCAAAUGAAGAUUCACUUAUAGUAAUGUAUAUGAAUUAAUUCCUGGACGCUCAAAGUUAUUGCCUUGCACUUUAACCCUUAACCCUUCUCGCUCCCCUCUUGUAUUUUUGCACUCCGGGAUUAUUCAACCUAACCUAGUGGCUGUCAGGCACAGGAGCGGGAAUAUUUUACUCUCAUGAAAAAUUAAACUAGAGAAAGACUAAAUUUGUCUUUACAUGGGUAAUGAGCAGCAUGGUUAACUCUUUCUUGUUAGUAUAUGUAAUCCAACAUGACCAUAUAAUUUUGACUCACCACACAAAGCCAUAACUGGUCUUGUUGAAUUUUAAGGCUGCUUUACCACUUACUCUAAUGUUAGUUUAGCUUCAUAUUUAAAAAAAACAAACAAAUAUUAUCAAAUUACUUCCAUUUCAAAUCUAAAAUGUGUGCAAUCAGAGAAUAUUUUUCACUUUAACAUGUUUAAAGUAGAUACUUGAAUCCACAGUUAUUGAUUAUUUGAGCAAAUGAAAAGUUCAUAAUUGUCCAUAAAAAUAAUGACUUGCUUGCUUAAAAAAAAGACAGAUCAUAAAUCUAUUUUAUAUUCUCUUGUGUGUAUUACCUAGAUAGCAAUCUGAUAGCUUUGGAUAAAGUUGUAAUGUGAGGAUAUUCUGGUAAGAUAAUAAGGGUGCUUUACUUGCCACUCUACCUUAAGGACCUGUUACAACUCAGUAAGUCCACUAAUCCAUCCUACCUUUUUCUCCUAACUGGCAAGUCCUCUGAAUUUUUGCACCAACAAACGUCAAUGUCAUCAUUUAAAUCAAGCACUGAUGUCAACGGAUCAUUUUCAAGAAACAUUUCAUUUGAAAUUUAUCUGUGUGUCCCAGGUGGUGUCAUCCCUACGCCGUGACCUUUUUAUAUAGUAAAGCAAAGAUUUGAGCUGAAUUUCUCCAUUUUUAAUCAACUGAUGGAGUGUAUUCAGGUGGGGAUGGUUAUGCAUGUGUCUGUCUCUGUUAGUGGGAUGGACCUCUUACCUUCUAUCCAGGUUCAGCUGGUGGAGAGGAAAAGUUAGACAAGCACUGAUUGGUCCUCGGACCUUUUCAAUAUGAGUUGUCCAGACCUUUGUGUGUGUGUGUGUGUGUGUAUGUGUAUGCGUGUGUGUGCGCGUGUGUGUGUGUUAAACAUUUAGCACCUUUGUAAGACUGGAUGUCAGAAUUGGUAACACUUUUUGUUGAGUGUUAUGCUGUGGCACAGAAUCAGUUCAUCAGCUGCUUGUUACUCGUUUCAUUAAUAACGUCACAUUGACUGUGUUUACCUGACAAGCUUUGGUGUUGCAAUAUGAUAGUUUAGCACUGCUUUUAACAGUGGGUAUUUUAUAUUUUAUCACACCCUUUACUAUCUGUCUUCCUAUGAUGUGGAAAACACAUAUCUAUCCCGCAGUGUGAGCUAACUGCAACAUGUUUAGAGAGUACAGCAAUACACCAUAUUUAGCUGGUUUUGUUGGCUUGCUGAUAUUUUGAUAUUGAUGUGUCUUCUCAAAAUUGUAUGGCUUUUUUCACUCCCCUACUUUUAUUUGUUUGCUUUGAAAAUGCUUUUUACAUAUUAUGAAAUCUAAAAAAAAAAAAAAAAAGGUUGAAAAAAUUUGUAGACCACAAAGAACAUUGUAGGCCUAUGUGUCGGCAUACACUGUUAUUUUAUCCAUUUUGAUGAUGCACAUAAAUUGAGCUUUUUCAGUACACGAUGACAAACACAUUGAGAGAGUCCUUUAUUAUCAUCUAUUCAAUAUGGGACAACAAGGCAUAUGUAUAUGUGUUUGUUUCUGUAUUUAGUGCACUUACUAUACCAUGAAAUAGGCUUGAAAUAGGAGUGUUGUUGGAGCUUUCUAGUUACCUGGACUGUGUGUGGUGUGACUUUUGUACCUGGAGAAACAGCAGGCUCAAGUGUCUUCCCUUUAUCAGCAAUAUUGUUUCCAAAACCAAGGUUAAUCCUUAGAAAUCCCAUUAGACCACCUCAGAAUUUUACCCUUUUAUUUGGACAACAGUGGUUCAUUUUGUAUGCUACCUACUUGAAAAGCAGGAAAUGGCAUCCACUUCUGUUGUCGGGGCCAUUGUGGUGAAACUGUUGAGAGUUUUAAGAGAUGAUGUUGUAGCUCAUAACUGGUUAUGAUAUAUAGGUAACAGGUGAAAUGAGACUAAUGAUGUAUUAAAGAUUUCCAUAUUUGAAAUUAAGCUGUAUAGUACCUAACAUAGGAGGCGUCACACCUCCUUUGAGUCUGAGCUGUUACAAUUUUUCUCCCAAACUUGUUGUAUUACCUGUGCAUUAGUAUCCCUCAACUAAUUAAUAAAAGUUUGUUGACUAAA